AUGCGUUUGCUUACGUCCAUUUCGAUUGGAGCCUUUGCGGGCGCAGUUGCUACCGCGGCCCAGCCCAGCCUCCAAACAGUAUAUACCAAAGGAGCGGUUCGUAAUACACAGUUCAUCGCUGAGCACGAUGAGAAUGUACCAACGCCCACUGCUGCCUUGGAACUGAGGCAUGCGGAUGCGGCAGCCACAACAAUCGUUGCUCCUCCUCCGUUCAAAGUCACUCUCUGUCCACAACCAACCGGAUUGCCUGCGGCGAGGUUUAAGACUGUGGCCGGCAGCUUGUAUGGGUGCCAGCCUGGAUAUGUUUGCAACCUCCCCAAGCCAGAGGGAUGCAACUUCUGGCCAGGACCUCCCCCAAGCGACUUUCACUGCCCGCCUGAGUUUUGUAUAGUGGCUCCUCCUUUCCACCUCCCAGAGUGGAAUGGCAAGCCGGGUUACCUUCCGCCCCAAUUUGGCUAUUUCAACCUGAACCCGGAGGAUUUUGGACUGUCUUACGACAUCUUCGAGUACAGUGUUGUUCGAAAAGCAUCGGGUGGGCACACGUCGACUUACACGACUGGCAACUGGGAGUCCCAAUCAACCUUGACAAACGGACCAGUGCAAACGCCCCCACCCUCAUACAGGAAGCGUUACAGUCCGACCAAGCCGCAAGAUCACCGGAGGGCCAUCAAGCACUCAAAGCGCGACGAUACUUUGCCGUCAGGAUGCUUGGACAAAUGCCAGGCCGCAUAUAACAUUGUUCAGCAGGAUGGCAUGAUCCCAGCACUGUGCGAACCCGGAUCUGACUUCGAAAAUGCCUUGAACAAUUGCAUAACAUGUAUUGCCACCGGUCUGAAUAUCCCGGAUGACCAAGUGAAAUCACACCUGAACCAGACGUUCCAAGACAACCUCUUCUUCUGCGAUGGAGAUGGAACGACACCUACCCAAUCGACAACAUCGGGGCCCGAGUCACAAGUGACGACGACGCCUACGCUGGGAACCAGCUCUCAAGUCUCUGCAAGCGACACGUCCUUCAUUGACUCAACAACUUCGAGCUCCGUGCAAUCGACUACUAAGCAGUCCACUACCGCACCCCCUCCUCCUCCUACAACCUCAAGCACAACCAGCUCGAGCAGCCCUCCUCCCCCUCCUCCAACCAGUUCGUCUCAGCCACCAAGCUCUACGCCUCCGACAUCGUCCUCAUCGCCUCCGCCGCCGCCAACUUCUUCGACCUCCAGUUCCUCUACGCCACCUCCUGCAUCUUCUACGCCGCCACCUACAUCCUCUACUCCUUCUUCAUCGCCGCCAUCAUCGCCGCCAUCAUCGCCUCCUCCUUCAAGCUCAGCUUCGUCCGCCAGCAGCGCCUCUGGUUCAGCAUCAUCAAGCGCACCCACAUCGGGAUCUGCCUCUUCUGAAACAGGUACGGCAUCCAAUAGUGCUAGCAGUGAAACGGGGUCAACGUCGGCGUCCGCAUCGUCAUCGGCGUCGGCGUCGGCCUCAAAUGGUGCUUCUGCCACCGGUACUAAUUCCCCAACCGGCGCCGGUUCCUCGACUGGCGCUGGCUCCCCAACUGGCACCACUGUCGGGACUGGAGCUGGUGGCUCGACUGCUGAGACUGGUACCGGCUCCCCAACCGGAGGCGCUACCGGGACAGAGCCGCCUUCAGUGACAGGAUCUGCUACCGAAACGGGCACUAACGGCUCAACAGGCUCCACGUCCCCUCCGACGGGAUUCUCUUCUCCUGGGCAACUGGAAAGGGCAAGCUCAACCGCUGCUGGAAACAACGGCGGUGGUGCUGGCGGUGCUGGACCAACUGGAUCGCCCGGCGGUGGAGGCAACCCCGGUGGUAACCCCGGCGGCAACCCUGGCGGCAAUCCUGGUGGCAACCCCGGCGGCAGCGGCGGUGGUUCUGGCGGAGCCACGGGAACAGGCCCUAUCACUUCACCAACAAGUGGGCUGCCGAUCUCGAACGACCUCUCGCGGGCAAGUGAGAACUUUGGCCUCCUAGUUGCGGCUCUUAUGGGCCUGUUGGUGGUUUAA